CCCCCUUUCAUAGUCAUGAGCUUUUUUGCUUCCAAGCUGUUUGUGCCGUAUACCACAAUGUCUGAGUCUUCUCCUGACGCGCCAUGGAAUCUUUUUGGUUCUCUGCUGACUGAGUACUCCUCGGUUGUCCACUGGAUCUCCCUUGUCUGUUUCGGGGUUGGUCUGGUCUUGUUUGUCCCGAUCGUUCUCCUCAUCAUUUUCGACCUUGUCGUUUGGGCAUGGAGAACCGCCAGUAACAGCUCCCCCGCUUCGCCUCGCGAUUCAAAGCCCGCCGCUGUCGCUUCGAACACAAAUACUACGGCAAUAGCGACAGGUAUAGACAAGGCGACACUACGCUGCUAG